GCCCCACGGCCCUCUGGGUCGCGGAGCGGGAUGAACUCUGGCGCGGGCGGCGGCAGCGGCGGCGGCUGCGCUGGGGCCGCGGCGCGGUCCCGAGGGGGCAGUCCCGGAGGGGAUGGCUUUGCCCCGUCGGCGCUGGGGACCCGAGAGCAUUGGGAUGCUGUCUAUGAGAGAGAACUGCAAACUUUCCAAGAAUAUGGAGAUACAGGAGAAAUCUGGUUUGGAGAAGAGAGUAUGAAUCGGCUAAUAAGGUGGAUGCAAAAACGCGAGAUUCCAUUGGACGCUUCAGUGCUUGAUAUUGGAACUGGAAAUGGUGUUUUCUUGGUUGAACUUGCAAAAUUUGGAUUUUCUAAUAUUACUGGAAUUGAUUACUCUCCUUCUGCAAUACAGCUUUCUGGAAGUAUUAUAGAGAAAGAAGGUUUAUCUAACAUUAAGCUGAAGGUAGAAGACUUUUUGCAUCUUUCCACAGAGCUGUCUGGAUUUCAUAUUUGUGUUGACAAGGGGACUUUUGAUGCCAUAAGCCUUAAUCCUGACAGUGCAAUCGAGAAGAGGAAGCAAUAUGUGAAAUCCCUCUCCAGGGUGUUGAACGUCAAAGGCUUUUUCCUAAUAACCUCAUGUAAUUGGACCAAGGAAGAGUUGCUAAACGAAUUCAGUGAAGGCUCGUGGAACAAAGAAACAGAUUCUCCUCCUGCACUGGUGUAAUAUGGUUCCCUAGUUCCCAGGAUUCCGGACCAUGAAAAGUUGGGCGCAGCAGGCUUCAGCCGAAAUGGGUGUGGAUUGUUCCAAGAAUAAUAGCGGUGCCCACUGGGUAUUGAAGGCCUACCCUGGGCCAGAGGCGUUGCGUACGCUCUCCAGUUUUCAAAGCAUUCCUGCAGUUACAGCUGAAGGAAGGAAUUGAGGCUCAGAGAGGCCAAGUAACUGGCCCAAGGCCGCACAGCUUCUAGGCCGGAGAGGGUCGUAGUUCUGUCGGGGUCUGUCUCUCUUCAGAGCCUGGUGGUUUUCCACACGCAUGCUGUUGGUUGGUGCCUUCCUAAGAUAGAGGCAUCAGUUCUGUUUUAUCUCAAAGCAUAAAUUUUGCUUAGUCUUGUUAACACCACAGGGAAAUUCAGCAAUUCUGACCCCCUCUUUGCCGUGCCCCUCCUUUUCCGACAGCUUUUAAAAAAAUUUUAAAGGCGGGGGGGGGUGCUUGGAUUUGGUUCUACCACAGGACCAAUGGCAGUGCCUCAAUUGGGAAGAUUGAAAUAUUUUGCUUCAUCCUUACAAAAGACAGAUUCACAAGAAAAUGUAAUUAUUCCCAGUAACCUUCUAGGGGAAAUGGGAAAUAAAUCUGUCAGCCCAGAAGAGGUA